CAUGACGGCUGUAGCAACGUCCUGCUCCAGUCUCGGGUCUUGCAGCCUCCACCCUCACUUUCCCCGCUUCGUACUCAGUUUAAUUGUCACAUUCUCCUAACCCCAUCAUGCCGAGGGGCUUUCUGGUGAAACGAACCAAGAGGCUGGGAGGUUCUUACCGCGUGCGUCGGGUGGAAAGGGACUUUCAGCUGCUGGGGCCCCAAGAGGCACCUCCUUUCCCCAGAGGGGCUUCCCCCAGUCCCCAAGGAAGCUUGAAGGGUACGGAGCGGCUGGAGUUCUCACUGGAAAAGGUAGAAAAGGAGGAGAGGGAGGCGGCUUCGCGACUGUCAGCGCCCGUGCGCACUUCGUCCUGCCUGGUGACCGGAGGAAGUAGCGGGUCAGGCCGGCGGGAAAGCGCUAGGGUGGGGCUGGGCGGGGGUCCUAGCCCUGGUCCCAGCCCCAGCCCAGCUAAGCCAGCGGGUGCAGAGUUGCGAGGGACAUUCCUGGAGCGCUGCCUCAGUUCUCCUGCUUCGGCCGAGUCCUUCCCGGGAGGCGCCACAGCCGCGGUGGCUUUCUCUUCCACAGUGGCACCUGCGUCUGCCCCAUCUUCUGUGGAGCAGCUUUUGAUGCCACUCCUGGCACCUUUCCCAGAAGCUGUUCCAAAGCCGGACUCAGCUCCCCUCACUGUCACUCUUUCAGGGCCUGAAGCGGGCACUGGGGGCGAUCGCCGUGACAAAGAACCUUGGACCGAGUGUCUGUGUCUAGGGUCUGGGACGGCAGUGCCAGGUGCCAAGAAACCGAAGGCUAUGAGGAGGUUGAGCUUCGCAGAUGAAGUAACCACAUCCCCAGUCCUGGGGCUGAAAAUCAAGGAGGAAGCACCUGGGACCCCAUCCCGAGGCCUUGAAGGCAGCCGAACGCCACUGGGUGAAUUCAUUUGCCAAUUGUGCAAGGAAGAGUACGCAGACCCUUUUGCGCUGGCCCAGCACCGCUGCUCCCGCAUAGUGAGAGUUGAGUACCGCUGUCCGGAGUGCGACAAGGUCUUCAGCUGCCCAGCCAAUCUCGCCUCCCACCGCCGGUGGCACAAACCACGUCCUACCAAUGCUGCCACAACUGUCCCCGGGGACGGGAAGGCUCUUCCCUCGUUUUCCUCUUCCACUUCGUUGUCUCCUGAUGGCAGCACAAUCGCACCUUUCCUGCCAGAGGGUAAAGAGAACAGCAGAGAGAAAAGGACUGAAGGUCAGCACCCUCUUAUUCGGGACAGCUCCCGGACUGAUCCACCACAGGACAGUUCCAGCUCUCCAGCUACCCAUUGCCAGGACGUCAAGGUCACUCAGCACCCUGAGCCCCAGCUACCACAGGGACCAUAUACUGAAAGGGAGUCCGGGCGUCGCGUCCCGGGUACAGGGAAGGGUAGUGGAGAUGGGGUAUCUGAGGUUUUCUUGUGUCCUUAUUGCCACAAGAAGUUCCGCCGUCAAGCUUACUUGCGCAAGCACUUGGGCACUCAUCAAGCAGGUUCAGCCCGAGCGCUGACCCCCGGCUACAGUGCUGAGCAGAGCUUGCAGAUUGCUUUCCCAUGUCCUGCUUUUGCGGGGCCGCACUUCCCCUCGGCCGGACAUCCAGAGAAAAGCACCGUUGUGGCACGCAAGUGAGGGAGGAAAUGGCUAUUUGCCCGCUAUUUAGCCGGGGCGCCUCCAGAGGGGUCAAGCGUAGGGAGAGGAACUGACGGAGAUACUCAACAGAUCUUUCCGUGCAAGCACUGUCCGUCCACCUUCUUCAGUUUUGGUCUAACCCGACAUAUCAACAAAUGUCACCCUUCGGAAAGCCGGCAGGUGUUGCUACUCCAGAUGCCACUAAGACCGUUGCUGAGUACGUAGAGGAACAAGAUUGGGACAGGGACGAGAAGUAAGAAAUGGACAUGUGAGCGGCUGCGGACCAACUGGUAAAAAGUGCCCCUCCCCCACCUUUUCUUUUCUUACCUCCCUUUUCUUCCCUAAAGGCUUCCUGGAGGUCAAUCGCUGGAAACCCUAAAAAAUUCUAUGUGACUUUUCCUAUGGAAAGUCCUCGAUGAAGACUUGUCUGUGUCUAGAAAGGACUUUUUCCUUUUCUCCUUUUUAAAGCCACUCAACGUGGUUAUUGCUGAUUUUGCUUCCGUUGUCUUCGCAGGCACCCUAUAAUUUCUCUCUUAAUGGGCUCAGAUAAUUUUUCACUGUACAUUCGGUGAAUAGGAAAAAAAGGACGUGACUGGUGUCAAACUUACAAAAAAACAAUAAAGAAGCAAGGUUU